AUGUCCCGCCGCUCAGCGCCGGGGACCCGCAGUGGUCACAGGAGGAAGGGACAGGAAGCCAAAGCGCCGCUGCCCCCCCGGGCUGGUGUGAACUGGCAGCAGGUUCGGAGCUUCCUGUACCCAAACCAAAGCCCCACAACUGAGUCCAUCAUCAGCAAAUUUGCUGAUGACACCAAAUUGGGAGGCAGUGUCGACCUGCUGGAAGGGUCCUACAGAACCGAGUCAGACUGGAGAACAUCCCCCAAGGUGCGUGUUCUCCUCGCUCUGAGUGUGUUCCUGGGGAUCCUCACCUUGAGCCUGGCUGGAGCAGUGACUGUUCUCAGUGUGAGACCCCCUUUCCCUGAGCCAGAAUUCUCCCACGUGUGCCCAGACACCUGGCCUGGUUUCCAAGGAAAAUGUUAUUAUUUUUCUGAGGCUGAGGGCAACUGGACCAUGGGCCGGGAAAGGUGUGAGGCCCUGGGAGCUUCCCUGGCCACCAUAAGCACGAAGGAGGAACUGGCCUUCCUUCUGCGCUAUAAAGGCGAAGCAAACCACUGGAUUGGGCUGGGAAUGAGGGAUAACGGCUGGGAGUGGAUCAAUGGCACGGCCUUGAAUGGCAGGUUUGAGGUGAGGGGUGGGGGGCCCUGCGGGUACCUCGAUGACUGGUGGAUCAGCUCGUCCCUGUGCCACAGGGAGAAGAACUGGAUCUGCAGCCGCCCCGACAACUUCGUCCUGUGGGAGGGGAAAUUAAGAGACCCCAAACCAGGACUUUCAACCUAAAUCUCUGACCAGAUGGGGGAGCUUCACCCCAGCACUGCAACUGAAAUUUUCAGGGUGAAUCCAAAAAAUCAGGUACAAGGAA